AUGUUCUCUGUCAUCCUAGCUGCUGCCGCUAUGGCGGCCCUUGUAUUGUCUGAAUCUCUUCCCUCUACAACUCUUGCUCAGCUUGAGCUCGGCACAUUCCUCGAAAACAUAGCAGCCAUAGACUUUGAAUCACCCGGAAACGAAGUCAAGGUCAGGAAAAUCAGCGACAUGAGCCCCCAGAGCAUAUUCCUCAAUGACGUCACGGCCGUUCCUGGCAUAUCCGAUGUGGUUCUUGUAGCCGAUUCUGCCAACGGCUUCAUCGGUCGUCUUGAAUUGGCCACGGGCAUCUUUGAUACCUCGACGUUCCGCUUCCACCUUGAGAUGGACCCGGUUGAGGGUGCGAGGCUGCUCAUUGGCGUUAACGACAUUCAGAUCCGCAACGAACAUCUCUACUGGACCAAUUCAUUCCAAGCCUGCAUCUACCGUAUUGCAAUCACUCCGACCGGGUUCCCUGCUGGCGUCAGUUUCCUGGACGAUUUCAGCUUUGACGUCAACGGCAACAUCUAUGCAUCCACCAACCUUGAUAACUCUAUUGCCUUUAUCGACGCCCAAUCCAAAGAGUGGAAGGCGGUCGUGGGAGGAACUGGAGAGAUGACUGUGGCUGGCUCUACAUCUGUUGCGUUUGGUCGAGGGACCAAAGACAAAGGAGUCCUCUACGUGAGCACGUCUGGAGCAAUCGCGACUCCCGUCAAUGGGGCCGAGAUUGAAGGCGCCAAGGUUGCUGCUAUUGAUACUAAGUGUCGAGAAAUAUGA